CCAAAAAUUAUUCAUCAAGUUAAAUUAGGAAAUUUGAAAAUGCAACCAAAAUGGAUAGAAGCAAGAAAGAGUUGUAUAGAUUUACAUCCUGAUUGGCAAUUUAAACUUUGGGAAGAUGAAGAAUCAGGAAAGUUUGUUAAUACACAAUUUCCAAAUUUAUUCGAAACAUAUAUAAAUUAUCCACUUGAAAUCCAACGUUCAAACGUUUUACGUUAUUUGGUUUUGCAUAAAUUUGGUGGAAUUUAUUUAGAUUUAGAUUUAGGUUGUAGAACACCUCUGGACGGUUUACGAAAUGAAAGUUUUUUAACUCCUCCUGCAAAACCAAGCGGAGUCAAUAACGCUUUCAUCCCUUCAAUACCCGAUCAUCCUUUUUGGUCUCACGUUGAAGAAUAUUUAAUCACUUUUAAUCGAAAUUCGUUUAAUUCACCUUAUAUAACAAAUAUGUUUUCGACAGGUUGUCACUUUUUAAGUACAAUGCAUAGGCUGUACGGCGAUCAACCUUCUUUAACAAUAAUGGACCAAGCCAAUAAAUUAAAUGGUCACGUUAAAACUCCUCUUUUCGAACAUCUCGGUGCAAGUAGUUGGCAUAAAGGUGAUGCAAAAGCAAUUUUACGUGUUGGUCAACAAAUUGAAAGUAUU